AUGGCUUCCCCCGCGAACCGAAACGACACCAGCUCCCCCGGCGGCUCCUCCAGCGCCGCGAUCAUCCUCGGCAAGCAGUUCAAGCAAAUGCAAACAGACAGAGAUAUCCCUGGCAUAAGCUGCGGCCUGAACAAUAACAGUGUCUUCGACUGGGAGGUUAUGCUCAUGCUGAGUGACGAGCAGGAUAGUUUAUAUGGAGGAGGCAUCUUCCGCACCCGCCUAACCUUCCCACCCACCUACCCGCACCAACCGCCCAAACUCCGCUUCGAAACCCCCAUCUUCCACCCGAACGUCUACGAGUCCGGCGAAGUCUGCAUCUCCAUCCUGCACCCGCCCGAAGAGGACCAGUACGGCUACGAGUCCGCGGCAGAACGCUGGUCGCCCGUGCAGACCCCCGAGACGAUUCUGCUCAGUGUGAUCAGUAUGUUGAGCAGUCCGAACGAUGAGAGUCCCGCGAAUAUUGAGGCGGGGAAGUUGUGGCGGAAUGAUCAGAAAGAAUUCAAACGAAGGGUGAGGAGGUGUGUGAGGGAUAGUCAGGAGAAUGCUUUUUAA